CUGUUUCAAAUCUCUCUGUAAGACUGAGCCUAUGAGUGAGCCACUAUGGCGGACUGGAACUUGUUGGGCAAGCUUCUGGAGAGUGCCCAGGAGCACUCCACUGUAGUGGGCAAGGUCUGGCUGACCGUGCUCUUCAUCUUCAGGAUCCUGGUGCUUGGAGCUGCAGCUGAGAAAGUGUGGGGUGAUGAGCAGUCUGGCUUCACCUGUGACACCAAGCAGCCUGGUUGUCAGAAUGUCUGCUAUGACAAGACUUUCCCCAUCUCUCAUAUCCGCUUCUGGGUGCUGCAGAUCAUCUUCGUGUCCACGCCCACUCUCAUCUACCUGGGCCACAUCCUGCACCUGGUGCGCAUGGAGGAGAAACAGAAGCAGAAGGAGAAAGACUUGGCUGAGCAACUGGCCAUCCACAAUGACAAGCAGCAGCUGCUGCCUGACGCCAAACCCAAGAAGCCCCCCGUCCGGGACGACCUGGGCCGCGUCCGCCUGCAGGGGGUCCUGCUGCGCACAUACGUCUUCAACAUCAUCUUCAAAACCCUGUUCGAGGUGGGAUUUAUCAUAGCUCAGUACCUGCUCUAUGGGUUUGAGCUGAAACCUCUGUACACCUGUAACCGCUCACCCUGUCCCAACGUGGUGAACUGCUACAUCUCCAGGCCCACAGAGAAGACGAUCUUCAUCCUCUUCAUGUUGGCAGUGGCAUGCAUAUCUCUGGUGCUGAACAUAGUGGAGAUGUAUCACCUGGGGUUCACCAAGUGCCGUCGGUACAGACACGUCCAGACCCCAUGUGAGACAGGGUCCAAGGCCCCCAGCGACGCAGUGGUGCCUUCUGUCCCAAACUAUAACUACUUCCCUAGGCACCACCCAGCCCCAGAGCCCUACCAUGCAGACCAGUACAUCAUGAAUGAGCCUGACUCUGCCUACCACCCCUACAACAGCAAAGUGGCUUACAAGCAGAACAGAGACAACCUGGCCGUAGAGAUGAACAGUAAACCAGAAGGGGGUGACACCACAGAAAGGAAAGGCUCCAGUUCUGCUCCAGAGUCGCCCUCAGAGAAACAACGGCGACCCAGUCGAUCCAGCAAGCACAGCAAUAGUAAGACCAGACUAGAUGAUCUGAAGAUCUGAGGGACAGUUAUGGCGCAUUUCCACCACUGGGUUUUAUACAGGUGCUUGGCCUAAAGGUUCAAACUUUUGUGUUUCCACCUUUGAGGUGGGGGGGGGGAAAGUAUUGGGCCAUGGACCUACUGACUUGUGUCCAGAGUGGGACUUCUGGAGAUGCAUUAAAAUAAUGGUUAACAGUUAACGUAAUAAUUGAGUCGUUUCCUUCUCAAAAGCAAAUGAGUUUUCAGAGGUUGUUGAUUCUGCUCUGCACAAGUCCUCAUUGUAGCUUUGGAAACAAUUUCCGUAGUAUAAUACCAGGGUGUAUACACAAGCGUAACACCUCAUCAUAGUCAAAAGGUGUCACAGUCAAAUUUGUACAAUAUACAUUUCACCCUGUACCAGAGUAGACAAUGUGCCUUUGAUGGAAAGCAUUGUAUCAGGAGAGCAAGGUUAGGGAAGGAACCAUAUGGAAGAUAAGAUUAUUUCCUCUUCUGACAUUCUUGAUCAGAAUGGACCAUAUCUGUAUUAUCUAAAACAAUAUACAGUGGGGCAAAAAAGCAUUUAGUCAGCCACCAAUUGUGCAAGUUCUCCCACUUAAAAAGAUGAGAGGCCUGUAAUUUUCA